AUGGCUCGCGACGAGUCGCCUGGCACCAUCGCCGGUGCCACCGUCGGCGCUGUUGCCGCCAUCAUCCUCAUGCUCCAAGAUGCUCUGCGACCCGGGAUGGGCGUCGCCCCAAUGCGUUCGCGACCAGUCUCCCAGACUUUCUCCCAGUAUCCCGCCAACCGACUCUCCCAAGGCCGUAUAGCCUCCACCGCGGGCACCUUGUCCGAUCGCGACUCACAAAUCGGUAAAGAAUACGGCCCAGAUGGGAUCGUGUAUCAUCAUGCACCCCCUCCACCGCCUACCGUUGCCCGCCACUCGACGAUGCUCUCGUGCUCCCCCGCUCCCAGCGUACCCUCCCUGGCCGACGCAGUUGCGGUUGUCAGCCGAAAUGCCUCUCCGGCCGUUGCUCAGGGGCCAUUUACACCCCCGCCAGAGGGAAAGCCAGACCGAAGUGGAACUUUUGGGACCUUGACCACAGAGCCCGAAUCUCUGUCACGAUCAGCCACGGGCAGUCUACACGGGUCACAGUCGACGAAGGGAGGCGUCUUUCGCAAAUUAAGUUCCAAAGUCUUCGCACGGGGAAGCACGAGAUCAAGCGGGAGCGAGUCUCGUGGCACAGGACCCAGGUUAUCUGAUAUGGAACUCGACGACGACCGCACUGAAACCACGCCCGCUGUGCCAUAUUUGCGCGACGAUAAACCCCCAGGAGGAGGAGCAGCCGAUGAGUAUUACACCCAGGCGGCAGCAGACUACUACGCGGGAGCUGUCGCACCUCUGUCGCCGCCGGAAGAGAACAAACUGCCGACGCCUGGCCCUGGCUCAGAAUUCAUCCAUAUGAUUGGGAUCUCGGGGGCUUCUAUAGUGGAAUCGCUCAUGCCACAGACUGGUAAGAAACAACUUGGAAGUCCAUUUAAUGCUGCCGGAGCCCCGCCGAGUCCCACCUCGCCUCAAGUCAAGCAAGAAGAGUUGAGCAGUGAAGAGGGCGAGCGGGCAAGGUCACUGGAGGCCCAAAGUGACACCCUGUCUCCGCCACCCGGCAGAGGCCUCCCCGUCGACUCCAGCCCAAAGCGGUUCGAGCCUCCACCCAGCCCAUACCGCCCUGCGCCUGGCACAGUCAACCCGAUGGAUAUGAUGAAACCGACGACUGCCGCCGAACAGGCUGCCUGGGUAGAUACGGAACUUUGGAAACUUGAAAAUUCGCCUCCACCUCAACUUGAUAACACACCUCCCCCAUCCGAACCGUCCCCUCCCUCACAAACCGAAUACUACUCGCCAUCUCAGUCACCACCUCCCCAGCAAGCCCAGGCCGAACAACCUCCAACCCAACCUGAUCGUCCGCAUUUCCAAGCCGUUGUGCGGCACCCGACUCAGAUGGACGUGACCACCAACGGGCAAGCUGUGCCCCAAACCGAUGAGCAAGUCGUCACAGACAUCUCCGACACCUCGUCGCCUGGAUUCGACCAAUAUACAUACGGUCCAUCCCCUUCGAACCACACCUCUCCCGAGACACGCUUCACGGGGUCAAACUAUACCGCCUCUCCCUCGCCACGAUCAUCAAUGUCAAACCGCCCCUCAAGUACCUUCGAACCGACCACAGAAUACUUGGAGACAACCAUCAGCGGCCAGUCGCAAGGCUCUACAUCGGAAGACAGAACUUCAGCGUCGCCCAAGCCCACGUCAUUCGCAUGUGAGAUUUGUGGAAGCAAGUUUGACCAGGUGCACAAGUUGAACCAUCACAAACGUUACCACGAACGACCGCACCAAUGCCCGCAGUGUGACAAGCGGUUCGGCACGAAAACACAUCUCGACCGGCACAUCAACGACAAGCAUAACAAGACACGAAAGUACCACUGCACGGUGACCGGGUGCGCUUACUCAAAACAAGGAGGUGGAAAGUCAUUUCCGAGAAAGGAUAAUUGGCGAAGACACAUGCAAAACAAGCAUCAACAGCCCAACCCUCCCGAGCCAGUGGAAGAGGAUGCCGUCAUGACAGGAUAA